AUGCUCCCUCACUGCAGCAAGAAGCGUGACAGAGACGACGCGCUCGACACAGCUCUCUUCCCAAGCCCGAAACGCGUCAAUCACAGCGCAGAUCGACCUCAAAGCCAUGCGAACAUGCAUCCAAUCGCGAAAGAGUCUGCAGAGUUCGCAACAAGAUCACUAUCGCCUGAUGGUGGCGUUGCUCUUGAUGAGGAAUCUCUGGCCAAAUUUCGCAGCUAUCGCCAUAUUGUGCUCAGUGACAAAAGCUCUAGCGACGAUCGCCCACCUCGAGGAAGACUAAAUGGAACAAAACAAGUCAUCGAGCCUCUUCAGCGCCGCAAAGACCCUUCUCAACCUCAUGCCAGCCACCAGUCUGGCCCCGCUCACCAACAUAUCACCAAUAACAACCAGAGAGCAAUUUCGCCCUUUGCUUCGGCGUUGCCGGUGUUCGAUCACAACAGAGGCAAUCAUGUGGCCGAGCCUGGCUCGUCGUCAGUUGUCUAUCAACCGUUCAGAGGAUUACAAUUUGCGCAACCCCUAGAAUCUGUGAUGCUGAACCCAAGAAUCGACAUGGCCGUUGAGNGGGGUAAACUAUACCUGGCUCAGACCCUACAUCACUACUACCGUAAUCACAUCUACUGUUCUCAACACGGCUCUGUCGAUGAAAAACCUGGUCACAACCGCGCGGUAAAGAAAGUGCACGAAACCGGUCGAGUACAUCGUAUGUGGUUCUGUACAUCACAGCCAAAGGGAGAAGGCCAUCGUCUUGACAACACCGAGUACAUUGAGCUCGCGAAAGAACAGCUGGAGCAGGCUUUGUUUGAUCGAGUCCUCCAUGAGCUCAUCCGCCAACUCCAUGACAAAGACUGUCAACCAGUUGGACGCAGCCGCUCGCCUCAGUCUGACGAUUUUGACUACUUUGCUUUAUUGCAAUACGUCGACAGCCAAGGCCUUGAUAUGUCUGUAUUCAACAAGAGAUUGGCCAAUUGA